UUCAACAUUCACUGCCUUGGCGAAGAGUUAUACAUUUCCUUACAAUGCCAUACCUGGGUUCAGAAGAAGCUGUCAAAGACCUGAAGAGAGCCCUUUCCAAUACACACAUCCAGGCAGAUAGACUGAGAUACAGGAAUGUCAUUCACAAAGUCAUACGACAUAUGACUCAAGGAGUGGAUGUUUCAAGUGUUUUCAUGGAGAUGGUGAAAGCCAGUGUCACUGUAGACAUUGUCCAAAAAAAGCUGGUUUACUUAUAUAUGUGCACAAAUGCAGCCCUCAAACCUGAUUUGGCAUUGUUGGCAAUUAAUACCCUGUGUAAGGACUGUUCAGAUCCUAAUCCAAUGGUGAGAGGACUUGCUCUACGAAGCAUGUGCAACCUAAGGAUGCCAGGAAUACAUGAAUAUAUACAACAGCCAAUUCUCAAUGGCCUCAGAGACAAAGCUUCGUAUGUGAGAAGAGUGGCAGUUUUGGGCUGUGCCAAAACGAAUACGAUGGACAGAGAUGCAGAAGUCGAUGGCGCGGUCGUGAAUGAAUUGUACAGUCUACUUCGAGAUCCUGAUCCUAUUGUUUUGGUGAACUGCUUACGUGCCUUAGAGGAAAUCUUAAAAGGAGAAGGUGGAGUUGUGAUCAACAAGCCCAUUGCUCAUCACCUCCUCAACAGGAUGGCUGAUUUGGAUCAGUGGGGACAAAGUGAAGUCUUAGCCUUUCUCCUCCGAUAUACACCCCGGACAGAAGAGGAGAUUUUUGACAUCCUAAAUAUCCUGGACAGCUUCCUUAAGAGCACCCAUGUAAGUGUGGUCAUGGGUGCUUCCAAAUUAUUUUUAGUUCUCGCCAAGGACUUCCCCCAUGUGCAGAGAGAUGUCCUGGCUAGACUUAAAGCUCCUCUCCUGGCUGCCUGCACCUCUGAGAGCAGAGAAAUGUGCUUUGCGGCAUUGUGCCAUGUCCGCGAGAUUCUGCGCAGCUUUCCAGCACAUUUCAGUGCUCACUAUAAAAAGUUUUUCUGCUCCUACAAUGAUCCACAUUAUAUCAAGAACCAAAAGAUGGAUAUUCUAUGUGAACUGGUGAACGAUGAAAAUGUACACAGUAUUUUGGAGGAACUUCGAGUCUGUUGCACAGAUGUAUCUGUACAGCUCGCUCAAACAGCCAUUUUUGCAAUAGGUCGCAUUGCAAGAACUUAUAGUGAGAAAUGUGUGAAAAUCUUAGCAGCACUUCUUGAAUUCAAACAAGAGCACAUAGCAUCAGCUGUCAUACAGACUUUCCGAGACCUUGUUUGGCUGUGUCCACAGUGCACGUCGGCAGUAUGCUCGGCUCUUCCUGGCUGUGAGGAAAACAUUCAGGAUAAUGAGGGAAAGCAGGCAUUAAUUUGGCUCUUAGGAACGCAUGGAGAACUUGUUCCAAAUGCUUCUUACAUCUUGGAGGACUAUGUUGACAAUAUUAAGGCAGAAAUCUCCCCAGUGGUAAAGAUGGAACUUCUGACUGCUUUAAUAAGACUCUUCCUUUCCCGACCAGCUGAGUGUCAGGACACACUUGGGCGACUCAUUUAUUAUUGUAUUGAGGAGGAGACAAACAUGGCAGUGCGAGAUCAAGGCCUUUUCUACUAUCGCCUUUUAUCCACUGGCAUUGAAGAAUUGAAAAAAGUGCUAAGCAGUCCAAAAUCCGACCCAUCAUUGGGAGUCUUGGAAGACAGAACUGAACAACCAAUCAACACCUGGUUAUCACGUUUUAACACUCUAGCAACUCUAUAUGACAAAAAGCACUGGGAAUCUCUAAGUGCAACCACUGCCCAUUUAGACCUCUCCAGUGUUACAGAUCAUCUACUAGCAGUGGAACUUACUUCUGCGGAUGCUGGAGAAUUGCAAGAUCACCAUGAACCUUUUAGUCUGAUGAGCGACAUUGUUGUAACUCCAGAGCAGUUUGAGAAAAAAUGGAUUUCAGAGUAUGCAGUGUGUGACUUAGAUAUUGACUGGACGGAAGGGGUUCUACCAGACACAGUGCAAACAUCUUUACAAAUGAUGCAAAUCUACACAAUUGCCAAGAGCAAACCUGGUACCCAGCCAUGGAAAUCCUACAUCUAUGCUCAGGACAAUAAGGACAAUUUAUUCCUUGCACAAUUAAUGCUUAAUACUGAUUUGCCUACCCUGCAUACUUCUGUGAAGACAAGCACAGGGGAUGAAGAAGCACUAAAUAGCUUUAUAGCCCUUUUAAAAUCUGCAGUGGCAACAUUCUUGGAUCUCUCCAGGUGAUGAAUAUAAAAGACUGAACUACACUUGAUUUAAGAACAUGUGCAUAUAGAGACAUACAUAGCUCAGUAUCUACUUUGUGCUAGUUGCAGAAUGCUACAUUCCCAUAGAAUUCCACUUACGGAAUAAAAUAGUGGCUUUGUGAAAGUGUUACUUGGCUUUCCAGUAUACUUUUCCCUGUUAUGAUAAUCAGCUGCAGCACAAGGACUUUGCAAUCUAUUAAAACCUAUACAGUUUUCUCUAUUUAUAG